ACUGUGUUGCGGCGCGUUGCGAAUUUCACGUUAUGGCGCUGUCGCGUGCUCUUUGAGGAGAACGUCUCGUUACUUUUAUGUGUAUUUUGCGUUUACUGUAAUGGGAAGUGCUUCGGUUUAAUACUGUCUGUGCGUAAAACAAGAGGAGCGGACGUCGUAGCACCUUUUUGGAAAUAAAAUUGUCAACAAAAUUUGAGCCCGGCCUCGCGAUGGAGGUGACGCCCGUGCUGAGGGACUCCCGGUCCCUGCGGCCCUUCAAGUCCAGCGAGGAGUACCUGUACGCCAUGAAGGAGGACCUCGCCGAGUGGCUGCAGACGCUCUACCCGGAGCUCUGCAUCAGCGUGCACAACUUCAUGGACCGCCUCGACACCGGCGUCGCACUCUGCAAGCACGCCAACAACGUGCGCACGGCGGCCGAGGAGUACAUGGCCCGGCGGCUGGCGCGCCGCUCGGCCAGCAGCGCCAACCUGAUGAGCGCGUCGCUGUCCGCGACCGGCUCCAUAGCGAGGCCCGUCAUCGAGGCGGGGCCCGUCCACUUCCUGCCCGCCGCCCAGCCGGGCACCUUCUUCGCGCGCGACAACGUCUCCAACUUCAUCCGCUGGUGCCGGCACGCGCUCGGCGUCUUCGAGUGCCUGCUCUUCGAGACCGACGACCUCAUCCUGCGCAAGAACGAGCGCAACGUCAUCCUCUGCCUGCUAGACGUCGCGCGCCGCGGCGCCAAGUUCGGCAUGGCGGCGCCGAUGCUGGUGCGCUUCGAGCGCGAGAUCGACCGCGAGAUGGCGGCCGAGCAACGGGCGCUGCAGCGCGCCAGCAGCGUCGCCACCGAGAGCGCCGACAGCGACGACGACGAUGACGACUUCGACGCGCCCGUCGGCCCCGUGCCGCAGAUCGUCACCAACGACCUCAAGAGCCUCGACGAAAUGGUGCGGGACCUGGUGGAGCGAUGUUCGUGUCCCGUGCAGUUCCCAAUGAUACGCGUCUCCGAGGGAAAGUACCGCAUUGGUGACACCAAGGUGCUAAUCUUCGUUAGGGUGCUGCGCAGUCACGUGAUGGUCCGCGUGGGCGGCGGCUGGGACACGCUGUCCCACUACCUGGACAAGCACGACCCCUGCCGCUGCAAGACUGCUCAUCGCUCACCACUCUCGGCGAAACUGAUCCUCAAGCAGACGGGAGCAAUCGAGUUGAACAACGCACUGGUCCACUAUGAAAGGUCGCCGCCGCGCACCCGCCGAUCGUCGGCGUCGAGCGUAGGCAGCGGCGGGCCGCCGAGCGCAGCAGUGCCGACGCCGCCCCCGCCGCCCCCGCAGCCGCAGCCGCUGUCGCCCGGCGGCGGGGGCGGCACGGGCCUGCGCUCGCGCUCGCCCACGCCCCGCCGGUCGCUGGCUGCGCCGCGGCCCGCCGCCGGCCGCUCGCGCUCCAGGUCGCCCACCCCCGGCGGCGCCAAGCCGCACGCGCUCGCCCCUGGAGCUGGAGCUGGGGGCGGCUCCGGGCCGCAGCGCAGCAGGGACGCCAGCCCCGGCAAGCCGCUGCAGCGCAAGGACAGAGACCCCAGCCCCGCGGUGGCGCCGGCGCCGGCUUCCGCCCCCGCCCCCGCCCCCGCCUCCACAGCCGCCGACGCCCACAACGACUCGGGCUCCGAGGUGUCGGACGAGGGCUACCGCAGCCUAGGCACCGUGGCCGCCGCCAGCUCGCCGCCGGCCCAGGGCGUCGACGAUGGCGUCGUCGGGGUCAAGGCGGUCGCCGAAGACUCGGAGGUCGCCGCGGACGAGUGCAAGGACGGCGGCGUCGCGGCCGACGCGCAAGCCUCAGAGCGUCAGGAGCUGAGCCGCCACGCGUCCUCGCCAGACUCGGUGGUGUCCACCUCCGAGGAGGCGGCGACCCCGCGGCAGCAAGACGCCUGCAGCAGCGCCAGCAGCGACAGGGACAGCCGCGACCAGCUGCCGGAGGUGACGCUGUCGCCGCGCCGCAUGGCCUCGCUGCAGGUCAAGCCGCAGUCGCAGUACAGGAGGCCCUCGCAGCAAGAGUCUCCUCAGCAGCAGCAGCAGCCGCAGCAGCAGGCAGCGGCGCCCAUGACGCGCAGCCGGUCGACGUGCGGCGCCGUGGAGUGCGGCUUCAGCGACGCCCCCGCCGAGCUGUUCGCCCCCGCCGCCUCCCGCCGCCAGCAGCAGCAGAGUGGGAGCAAGGGCCGCGCGGCGCCCUCCGCCCACCCCUCCUCCUACAACACGUGGUCCGGCCGGCAGGGCCGCGCCGCGCCCAAGUCUCGACCGCCCCUCACCGACAACACCUUCAGCCGGUCGUCGGUGCAGCGGCGCAGCCUGGGCGCCUACGGCGGCGGCCGCCCGCACCACAGCAACAACAACUACCAGCACGCCAGCGCCCCCUGCAGCCCGCGCAGGCAGCCGCCGCCCGCCGCCGCCGCCGCUGGGGGCGGCAAGGGCUCCCUGCCCGCCUCCCUGUCCGGCUCCCCCACCAAGAUAUCGCCGCUCAUCGAACAGGUGCUGUCGGUGAAGGAGCUGGACAACGACGUGACGGUGCUGAACAAGAUGCGCCAGAUCAUCCGGCAGUACGCCGACCUGGUGGGCGACGCCGCCGACGCGGACGCCGACGCCGGCGCGGCGCGGCCGCCCUCCGAGGAGCUGGACCUGACGUCGGCGUGGGUGCACGGCAACGGCAGCCUCCCGCGCCGCGCCGCCUCCGUGUGCGGGGGCGACCUGGGGGCGGCCGUGGGGCCCAGCCCGCGCAAGGACUCCAAGGGCAGCCGCAUCCCGGCGCCGCUGCCGCUGCAGCUGCCGCUGCCGCUCGUCUCCUACGGCAGCCGCCAGCUCGACAGCUGA